AUGUUUGUUUGCCAAGAAGCCAAUUCAAGAGAGAUAGAGAAGCAAUCAUCGACCAUCGUUCAAUCUUUGUCGGCUCGCCAUUCACCACCGUCACCUACUGGCUGUUGCGGUGCUGCUGCCUGUUGUUGUUCAGCUGUUCUGCACAACUACAAUUCUACUGCAAUUGUCAUCCUCUAUUCUUUGCGAAUCAGGAAUUGCUUUUUGAUUCUGAUUUUUAUAGAUACAAUCAUGGGAAAUAUGAAAACGAUUGAUUCUUUCUUCAAAAGAAAGGUUGAUAAUGAAGAAAUUCAUGAUGAAAAUAUAGAGAUUAAACGUCACAAAGCUUCAACAAGUGAACCAAAACCACAGGAACAUGAAAAUCAACAAGAGAAUGAUAUUUAUGAAGCUACACAAUCAAAUCCUAAUGAGGUGGAUCUUAAACAACUAGAAAGAGAUCCCGCUAAACGAAAACAAAUGUGGGAUUAUCCAGUUAAUUUAAGGGAAGAAGUCAUACGAGCUUAUAUGAGUCUAGGACCUUUCUAA